UAGCUGCUACUUGUUGAUGUUUUUUGGAGACGUUUAUUAUUAUUUGGGUUGAAUAUGAUGAGUACGUGCCUUUACUGCCAGCAGCAGUCCGGCAGAGGAGAAGAAGUAACAGGAGAUCAGCUUCUUUUAAAGAACCUGUUACCAGCAGGAUACGUCCACCUGGUGUGUUCCUACGAGGAGACGGCUCAGACUCAGUUCAGAGCUCACAUUAAACUGAAGCUCACCUCACAAGAAGAGGCUCAUAAGUGGCUGGAAGACUUCCAGACUUCCUCCGGACAGACGUGGAGGAAGGCCAAGACGUAUCCCAACACGGGACGCUACAACGCCUACAGAGUGGAUCUGAGGUGUCAACACAACACGUUUCCCAGAACUGAUGUAAAAAAGACCAAAAACACUUCCUGUGGUGCAACCAUGUAUCUGGUCCUGAAGAGACACAUGUGCAGUCAGAGCAGGAAGUCACGGUCUGGUGAUCCUCACAUCAAAGACGGCUACCUGCUGAACGUGAACCUCAAACAUGAACACAACCACCGGCUGUCGAGUGCGGACGCUGUGCGGAGGCGGGACGUUUCGGGCGAGACCAUCGCUAAGCUGAAGACUCUGUUUGAGAACGGACACACUCCUUCAUCAGCGCUCGACAGCAUCAAACACGAACUGCAGGAGAGAGAAGGAGAAAACUACGUCCAUGCUGCUGCUGACCGCUCCAUCUGUCCCGAUGUUCAGUUCUGCUACAGGCUUUACUACAAGCUUUUCCAGAGAGCAGGAAGUGUUGUAACUGAAUCAGCUGACUGCACCAACGAGAACAUCAGCCCUGAACAAGACACAUCUGUGGAGCAUCUGGAGGAGAUGAUCCAGCAGUUCUGCAGGAGUCUGACGGACAAACUGAAAGACGACCCUCAGACCUUCACGGCUCCCGUCUGCACCUUCCUGAACUCCUACGACAAGAUGAACGAUGGCUCGCUCACCACCGCUCUGCAGUGCUUCGGGAAAGCGCCAAGAGCAAAGUCUAAGAACCUGCAGUCGUCCAAGAUGAUGGGAGUCCAACAGACGGCCGUCGCCAGGAGAAAGAUAGCCGGGCGACCCCUGAAGUGCUCGAGGAAGGAGCAGCACCCUUAUUCUAAAAAACAGCAGAUCAGGCAGAGUUCACCUCCGUCUAUAUCGAACUGUGUGGAGGAGACCGUAGCGCUCACUAGUCAUUAA